UCUCAUUUCUCCCAUUCAAACUUGUUUCUUCAAUAUAUUCACUGCACAAUAACAAUAGCUAGAACACAUCCAUCACUCUUCCAUACAAAAAUUCCUUCAAAAGAGCCAAAAAAAAUUAUUUCUUGAUUUUCGUCGCGACGAAUUAAAGUUACAUGAUGAAGAUGAGCACCACCACCACCAACAACAACAACAACAGAAUGGGAAGUUCCAAGAAGAAGUUGAUUUCAAGUAGAGGACUUGGAGGAGUCCUUAGAGAACAAAGAGCUAAGCUUUACAUAAUUAGGAGAUGUGUAGUUAUGCUUCUUUGUUGGAAUGAUUGAAAUUAAUUCAUUCAACAAAAUUGGCUUAUGGGCUUAUAGGGUACUUAUCAAUUGUCCAUAUAUAGUAAAAAGAAAUAGUGUAAGUUAGAUUUUUUUUUAAAAAAUUUGAGAAUUUUGUAUACUAAAUUUAGGUCUUUGAGGCCUCUUGUAUACAUUGAAUAGGUUCAAUCAAAGACUACUAUUUAGUUUUGAA